GGUUAAGAAUAUUAAUUCAAGUACAAUACGACUACAUCUUCAAACUUCAAAACCCUCCCUCUGAUUUCCGUACAAAUCCUUCUCUCUCUCUCUCUCUCUCUCUCUCUCUCCACAGUAUAAUCAGUAUUCAAUAAUUCCUUUCUCGUAGAGCUCCCUUCAGUCUCAUAUUUCUAUAUAAUAUAUAUAUUUUCCGGUGUCUGUGUAUUUAAUCUCUUUAUCUUCUGACUCUGACGCAAUCUUUGAUUUUUCAAUUAAUUUUCUAUCUGGGUUCUUGGUAUUUCGUGGCGGGAGAAUCUAAUUGGCGGGAACCAACGGUCAUUUCUGAGUUUCUGGGAACUGGGUUUUGCUGGGAUUUGGGUUGGGAAUUGAAUAUUGGGGUUUGUACUUUGGAUAUUGAUGGCUAACCCGUCCGGGAACCAUCAAGAGGCGUCGUCGUCUUCGUUCAACGGUCACGUGGCCGCCGGAGGGAACCCGAGUAACGGGAAUUCAGGGGCGCCGCCGGAGAACCACGCCAUGAAGCACAACCCAGGUCUCUCCUUGGACUGGACUGUGGAGGAGCAGGCCACGCUCGAAGAAGGGCUCUCAAACCAUAAGUCAGAAUCAAACAUAAUUCGUUAUGCCAAGAUAGCUAUGACACUCCAAAAUAAGACAGUCCGGGAUGUGGCAUUGCGUUGCAGAUGGAUGACUAAAAAAGAAAAUAGCAAGAGAAGGAAGGAAGAACACAAUUUAACAAGGAAAAACAGAGAUAAAAAGGAAAGAGUCAAUGAUCCUUCAGCUAAGUCGUCUCACUUUGCGGCACGGCCCUCUGUUCCCCCAUUUCCUCCACCUAUUAUCCCUAUGGAUAAUGAUGAUGGCAUUCCACUCAAAGCUAUUGGUGGUGCUACAGGAGAGCUUCUUGAGCAAAAUGCACAGGCCUUAAAUCAAAUUUCUGCAAACCUUUCAUCUUUACAGAUACCAGACAACAUCAAUCUCUUCUGUCAAACUCGCGAUAACAUCCACAAAAUCAUGAAUGACUUGAGCUUGAAUGACACGCCAGAAGUAAUGAAGCAAAUGCCACCACUUCCAGUGAAGAUGAAUGAAGAGCUGGCUAACUCCAUCCUUGGGCGCACAAACCUUCCAAUGCAAUAAUCAUUAACCUGCCUCAUCCUUAUUUACAUAUGUUCCCAAGGCAUGUUGUCAUGUUGUAGCCUCUCUGUCCGAUGAUCGUCCUGCAUCAACUGGGAUUUUUCAAUGAAAUCCUGACAUCCAAACAAGGAAAUAAUUCUCUACCAAGUUGACCAUGAUCAAUUCAAAGAUGUCUGACCCAAUUGUUUCUAUGUGCAGAAAGUCAGAUUCUCUUUGUUUUUUCUUUGUUAAGUUUUCUUGUUUGGUUCUAUAAAUUAUUUUGCAUAGUAUACUGUUACUUAGAUGUGGUUCAGAAAUUGGGGAAUAAGGAUUGUUUUGUUAUAUUUGGGUAAAAAUUAGGGAAUUAAUUAAGAGUAAAAUUAUUGUCAUUUGGGUUGAUGUUUUUCUGUUGGAGUUGGUGCUUUUACUCUCCAAUAAUUUCUUACAGCUUAUCGCCUCUGAACAUGAGUAGGCUGGGUUGCAAUUUACUUUGUAACCUUCUGAUUUUGCUUACUUGGAAA